AUGGUCAACAAGUGUUAUUCAUGCGAUUUCCAUCGCCAGGAGUGUACUUUCAGCCUCACUGCCGCUCCCGAAGCUCCUAAGAAAAGGAAGCUAUCCGAAACGGAACCAGCAGAAUCGGUCAAGCGACCUGCCACUAUGCAAUCGCAGUCAAUAGAAGCCGAGUCGGCACACCCGCUUCCGCUGGCCCGGAAUAUGAUUCGCCCGGGCUUCUUUAACCAGGCUACCCAGCAUAUCGGUAUGACCACCGAGCUGGAACCGACUUUGCUAGAAUAUCUCCCGCUGGACGAAUAUGAUGAAUGUACAGUUUCUAACUCGCGUGUGCGGAGGUGUGCUGAUGAUGCUACUUUCAUGCGUGUCGUUGAUACCGUGCCUGUCGGUGACUCGCAGGCUGUGUCGCUCGAUGCCAUUGAGAGCUUGGUGGCACCGUAUGGUUCGACCUUGAUUGAGAAGUUCUUCGACCAUGUGCACCCGUCGUUCCCGAUUCUGAUUGAAGAGGCGUUCCGUCAAUCGUAUCGGGAACGUCGUGGCUUGUCGCCGCUUCUCCUGGCUGCUGUCUAUGUGUUGACGUUGAAGUUUGUUGACGUCGGUGCAAGCUCGCAGACGGCGCGGAAACCAGAUGCUGCGCGUUUGGAGGCUACGGCGUUGCAGUUGCUGAUGGAUUCUUUGCCUUCCCCUAGUCACUCGACUAUCCAGGCUGGUUUGUUGUUGACGCAAAAGUCAACUUUGGCUACAGCUUCCCUGAAUGGGCAGCUGGUUACAGCUGGCUUUGAGCUGGGUCUGCACCAGGACUGCACGAACUGGCGUAUGAAGACGUGGGAGAAGGGCCUUCGGAAACGACUUGCUUGGGCGUUGUACAUGCAGGAUAAAUGGUCGUCACUUGUCCACGGCCGCCCGUCUCACAUAUUCGCCUUUAACUGGACGGUCAAGGAUCUCGUGGAGCAGGACUUCUCAGAUGCCUUUGCGUCCGGCACCGACUCCUCGCACGACGAAACAGCCGUUGGCCACGGCCCCCUACUCUUCUGCCACAUGGUAGCCCUAACAACCAUUCUCUCCGACAUCCUCGACCGCUUCUACACACUACACGCCAUUGAAGAAUUCCAAGCCGCAGGCAAUCAACGCACACGCAUGAUCCUCGAAAAAGCCAAACCCGCCCAAAUCAGACUAAAAGACUGGUUCUCCUCCCUCCCCCCGUCCCUAAAAAUGGAAACCUCAACCGGCGAACUUGUCGAAACAAUAACAGACGAACACGCCCGGAACGGCGCCCUCCACCUCGCCUACUUCGCCACCGAAAUCACCCUGCACCGCUGCAUCGUGCGCUCUCUCCUCGCCGAAGGCACAGACCCUUACCUAGCACACAUCUGCCGCUCAGCAGCAAAAACCCGCCUAAUCUCCGCAAUGGACUUCGUCAACCGCCUGCGACCCGCCCACCUCCGCUCCUUCUGGCCCGCCUCAGCCCGCACAAACUUCUCCCUAAUCGGCUCCUUCGGCAUGCUCCUCCGCAUCACAGCGCCGACAAGCGAAGAAGCAGACUUCUACCGCGUGCGUUUGUGCGAGUAUCGCUGGACGCUAGGCGUAAGCCACAAAAACGCCGCGUUCAUGGGCUUCGCGCUGCAGAGUCUGGAUAACGCUACCGCGCUGCAUAAGCACGUUCCCGCGAAACCGGGUAUCGAGGAGUUGAUGGCUACGACCAAGUCUGCGCCGCCGCGUUUACCUACUACCGCGCAUGGUACGUACGACGAGGCCAUGAUGGAGGCUGGGACGGGGACUUCUUCGUCUGUAAUUUCGGGACUGGCUUCGCCUGCUACUUCUGUUAGUGAUAUUGAGGAUGGGGAUGCUUCUAUGCCUCCUCUUUGA